UGUCAUAGACGCUAACUGUAACCUUUAUCGAAUGUCUGUAAAUUGUUCUUACUUAGAAUAGCCGCGCGCUGCAAAGACGUCCGCAGUGAGCAAUGAAUUAAAAAAUUGUCACUUGUCAUUAAACGAUAUAUAAUUAAGUGUAUUAUUUUAUUUUUUUGAUAGUAAAUUGAUAUUAAAUUUUGAAUUACCGUUUGCAAUUAAUUUAAAAUAAGUGAUUUUUAUCUCGAGUACCACAAUUUUGGUACAUAAUAAUAUAAAGAUACAUUAUCUUUCAUACGGUCAUUUUAUUUUUACGAAUUACCGAUUUUCUCAAAAAUAAAAUGCGAUUUUAUAUUUAUGCGUUUUUGUGCUGCGUCUGGUGGGACGUCACUUUCGGAGCUCGCAGAAUUAAGCUCGGCUUGGGAGAACCAAAUUCGCCAGAAACACGGAACGCACAACCUGUCGUUGACUAUUGGUUCCAACAGAAAUUAGAUCAUUUUAACCCUACCGAUAAGAGAACAUGGAAACAGAGGUACCAAAUUAAUCAAGAUUUUUACAAAUCAGGAGGUCCGGUAUUUCUUAUGAUAGGAGGCGAGGGCAAGAUGUCAUCGAAAUGGAUCAACUCCGGUGCUUGGAUAGAGUACGCCGAAGAAUUCAACGCUCUGUGCUUUCAAUUGGAACACCGAUUUUACGGUGAUAGCCACCCUACCGAAGACGCGAGCACUGCCAAUUUGGUGUAUUUGAGCAGCGAACAAGCAUUGGCCGAUCUAGCGGAAUUCAUAGUCGGCAUGAAAGCCAAAUAUAAUAUUCCUCCUGAGAGCAAAUGGAUAGCGUUCGGUGGGUCGUAUCCCGGAUCGUUGGCCGCAUGGUUGAGAAUGAAGUACCCGCAUCUGGUUCACGCUGCUGUUUCAUCAAGCGGUCCACUUCUGGCCAAAAUUGAUUUUUACGAAUAUUAUAAAGUAGUGGAAGACGCUUUGUCGACGUAUAAGCCGGCUUGUGUGACACAAAUAAAACUAGCCAAUCAAAUGUUAAACGCCAUCAUCAAAAGUGGCAAGGAAAUAAAAUAUAUCAAUAAAAAAUUCAAAUUGUGUGAUCCGCUGGACAGGAAUAACAAGAAAGACGUGUCGAAUUUGUUUGAAUCGUUAGCCGAUAACUUUGCGGAAAUAGUGCAAUACAACAAAGAUAACAGAAAGAGCAACAUGACUGAUACAAAUGCAAUAAUUACAUUAGAGACUUUGUGCGACAUAAUGACUAAUGAAUCAAUUGUAUCCCCUUUAGAAAAGUACGCAGCGGUUAACGACAGAAUGUUAUCCUCCAACAACUUAACUUGUACGGAUUAUGUGUACGAAAAAGAAGUGAAUAUCCUUAAAAAUGUAUCUUGGGAAAGCUCGGCCGCCUCAAGCAGACAAUGGACGUACCAGACAUGUACGGAAUUUGGUUUUUAUCAAACAUCCAAUCAAGACGAACAUGUGUUUGGCAAUAAAAAUCCUGUGAAUUUCUUUACCGACAUGUGCGUAGAUGUUUAUGGAGAAAAGUUCAACACAGAUUUGUUGGCUAAAGGCGUGGACCGUACCAACUGGAUGUACGGAGAAUUGAACAUCAAAGAAACCAGAGUCGUCUACGUCCAUGGUUCGGUGGAUCCGUGGCAUGCGUUAGGGAUAACUCGUACGAAAACAGUGAAUACAGCUGCAAUCUAUAUUGUCGGAACGGCUCAUUGUGCAAAUAUGUAUCCAUCGGCUACCACGGAUCUGCCGCAGCUGACCAAAGCACGGAUUGCCAUAAAAGCUUUUCUGAGUGAUUGGUUGACCAUCUCGGAUGACUUAGAUUCCACGAAUCAGGAGACCGUUCGAUUCGACUCUAAAUAAAUUUCACUGACAUUUGAAUAAUUGUAUUCAAAAUAAUUUUAAAACGUAUUUGUUUUUUUAACUUAUGAUAAACUAUUCCGGCUUACGCUCGAGAUAUAGACAUUUUAAAAAUAUAUUGAUAUGAUGUGACAACUGUGUAUAAUGACUAACAAAUAUAGCUGACUUACUUAGUAA